CUGGCAACACACAUUAAAAAAUAAAACAGCAUGGACGUCGUGUCUUUUUCGCUGAAAUCUUCAAAAUAGAUCGAUAUUAAUUUUCAGUAAAACCAUGCAUAAAUAAAGUUCCUUUUUACCGCUGAUCUAUUAUAGUUAAAGUUUUUGCCUUUGAUGUUUUAAUUGGCGUGUAAAAAUCUUACUUAUCUAUUACCAGGUUAUAGUUCGCAAAAAAUCCAGGCUGUGAGUGCUGUGAAUUUUUUUCAAAGUUUACACAUAAAAUAAUGUUCUUUUGAAAUGAAGUGUCACUACGAAGUUCUAAAUGUGGCGAAGGAGGCAGGGGCGACGGAGAUCAAGAAGGCGUAUCGUCGUAUGGCUCUGCAAUGGCAUCCAGAUAAAAACUUAGACAACCUGCAGGAGGCGAAAGAGCAAUUUCAACUUGUUCAAAAUGCAUACGAAGUACUUUCUGAUCCUCAGGAAAGAGCCUGGUAUGAUAACCACCGGGAGCAGCUUCUGAGAGGGGCAGGCAGCUCUUACAACGAUGACAGCCUGGAUGUAUACCCCUACUUUACUCCGUCUUGCUAUAAAGGGUUUGGUGAUGACCCACAAGGAUUCUAUGGAGUAUAUUCUGAGGUUUUCACAAAAUUAGCUGCAGAGGAGACGGACUUCCUUGACGAUCCUGAGGAUGUGAACAAAAUUCCCAAGUUUGGUGAUUCCUCCACACCAUAUGAGGAGGUCCAUGAAUUUUAUGCUUAUUGGAUGUCUUUCUCCACUAAUAAAAGUUAUGUAUGGUUAGACCAAUAUGGAAUACAGCAAGGUGACAACCGUAGGGUCAUAAAGCUGAUGGAGAAAGAAAACAACAAAAUAAGGCAGAAGGCUCGUAAAGAGAGGAAUGAGGAGAUCAGGCGGUUGGUGAGCUUUGUACGCAGAAAGGACAAGCGAGUCAUUGAGCAUACCAAGCUCCUUCAGGAGAAAGCUGAAGAGAAUAAGAGAAAGGCAGAACAAGUGAGAAGGGAGAGGAUAUUACAAAGGCAGAAAGAGAUAGAGGAGGCAAAGAAAAAGGAGGGUGAAUCAUCCUUCAUUCAGAGUGAUGAAUAUCAAAAGAAGCUUAGUGAGAUUGAGUCGUUGCUGGCAGAAGAGUUCGGGUUGUCAACAGAUGACGACACCAUCAGUGAGGGAGGAAUGGAGAGUAGUAACGAAGAGAGUUCUAAGACUGAAGAGGCAAGUGAAGCAUCAAAGGCAACAGCCAAACCAUCAACAAAAUCAAAAUCAACUAUGAGGAACCUAUACUGUUCUGCAUGUAAUAAACUAUUCAAGAAUAUCAAAUCAUUUGAAAAUCACGAAAAUAGUAAGAAACAUAAGGAGAAUGUUGCAAAUAUGUCAAUGGAGGAAGAUUUAGGGUUAUCUGACAAUGAUGACGAAGAAGAAGAAAAUGUUGAAGUGAAGAAUGUAGCAGAUGAAACUAAAGUCAACGGUCAGCCGGAUAUUGAUAAGGAUCCAAUAGAAAAUUCUACUUCAGAUAUUGAAGAUAAUGAUUUAAGAGAAACUUUGAGUGAUGACUCGGAUAAAAUACAGGCCCUUCCAAAGAGUCAGAAAAAGAAGAAGAACAAGAAAAAAUCGUUUAUACCAAUGCCAGAAAGUGAGGGCAAUGACAGCCAUGAUGAGAUGAGCUUUAAUGAAAUAGAAGGACCCUCAAGGAGUAGGAAAGCCAAGAAGUUUAAUAUGCUGAAGAGUCAGAUUCAAGCCAAGAAAGAAGCAAACUUGAAAAAAGGAUCUCAAUCUCAAACAUCUACAGAAAAUCUACAUGAAGUCUCCAGUACAACACCCACUGAUGAUGCAUUAGUAGGGGAAUCGGCUUUGCCCAAAGACAGGCCCAUCCUCCCUAAAAUGCAAAGAAAUGUAAAACCCAAAAAAACAAUGGAUAGGAAGCCUCUUAGACCAAAAGCAAGUGAAACAGAAGAUUCUAGCACUGCUCUCACUCUUAGGUGUGCUGUCUGUCAAACUGACUUCCCAUCAAAGAAUAAAUUGUUUGAACAUCUAAAAAAGACAGGACACUCGAUCGCACUCCCUCAAACUAGUUUUUCACAGACUAAAAAAGGUAAGAGGGCGAAUAGGUAAACUCGUGCAAUGAAUUUUAGAUAGGGUGAAAAGUAUAAUUGAUCAUCGAGAAUCAUUCUGAUUUUCUUCAAAUCUCUACAAGUUGUAAAGUGACUUUGUCAAUCUAUUUAUUAAAAUUAUGAUCACUGUCAUUAAAGUAUGCCUAAUAAAUUA